AUGGAUAACACGCUGUCCAUCAUCUUGGUCAUCUUCUCGUCGUCCAUAGCUUGUACUACUGGAGCCUCUGGUCUGAGAGAGGGUGAUUAUGAUAAUGACGAGGAUAAGCCCAAGGAAAAGCCAUACUACUUUUGCGAUCUCCCACAGAGAAUAGAAGACAAAAUCUGCGCGAGCGAUAAACUUCCAACACUGGCCGAGUCAAUGGAGGCAGCUGACAUGGCUUUCUACGCCACCGUCCUCGAGAAAUACAAAGACAGCCACACCGAUUUCUCUAUGGCCUAUGACGCCCUAGUUCAAGUCCACUGCAUCUUGAAGGGCGAAAAAAGGGUUCUACCCAUCAUCAACAUCACGAGAGCAGACACAGACGUAGAUCGAAACAUAUCAAUGACAACACCAUUCAACAGCAACAACAAACGCAUUCUGCCAAGCCGAGAAUUUACGACUCAGCUGAUGACGAACGUCUGA